AUGGCACUGCUCCCGCUAUUUCCGUUGGGGAACCGGAAGUCCCUCCCCGAUGCCGGAAGUGCAGCGGCCUUACUUCCUCAGAGCGUCCCCGGACGCGGUGUAGACUGGCUUCCGGCCCCGCGUGGGCGCGGACUUGGCUCGGUGCGCGCUCCGCAGUGUCCCGGGAGCGCGGUCCUGCGAGCUGCUGGCGCGGGUAUCCGGGACUGCGGCCGCGCGACGAGGGCGCCGAUCCGGGUGCCAGGCAAGUGCAAGGCCAUGAACGGCACGGCGAACCCGCUGCUGGACCGGGAGGAGCACUGCCUGCGGCUUGGGGAGAGCUUCGAGAAACGGCCGCGGGCCUCCUUCCACACCAUUCGCUAUGAUUUUAAGCCAGCAUCGAUAGAUACUUCCUGUGAAGGGGAGCUCCAUGUUGGCAAAGGAGAUGAAGUCACAAUUACGCUGCCGCAUAUCCCUGGGUCCACACCACCAAUGACGGUGUUCAAAGGGAACAAACGGCCUUAUCAGAAAGACUGUGUGCUCAUUAUUAAUCAUGACACUGGAGAGUAUGUGCUGGAGAAGCUCAGCAGCAGCAUUCAGGUCAAGAAGACAAGAGCUGAGGGGAGCAGUAAAAUCCAAGCCCGAAUGGAACAGCAGCCCACUCGACCCCCACAGCCAUCACAGCCACCCCAGCCACCCCCUCCACCACCACCCAUGCCAUUCCGAGCCCCGACGAAGCCUCCAGCUGGACCCAAAACUUCUCCCUUGAAGGAUAACCCCUCUCCUGAGCCCCAGCUGGAUGACAUCAAAAGAGAGCUGAGGGCUGAGGUGGAGAUUAUCGAGCAGAUGAGCAGCAGCAGCGGGAGCAGCUCCUCCGACUCCGAGAGCUCCUCUGGAAGUGAUGAUGACAGCUCCAGCAGUGGAGGAGAGGACAACGGCCCAGCCUCUCCUCCCCAGCCUUCACACCAGCAGCCCUACAACAGCAGGCCUGCGGUCACCAAUGGAACCAGCCGGCCCCAGGGAAGCUCUCAGCUCAUGAACACGCUCAGAAAUGACCUGCAGUUAAGUGAGUCUGGCAGUGACAGUGAUGACUAGCACCUGCCUUUUGAAAUCUGUUUUCUGGUACGCAAACAUGCUGCAAGACCCAGCUACUUCUGCCAGGACUCGGUGUCAUAGGAGGAUGUUGCGGAGCAGAGCCCGUAGGAGGAGUUAAGGCCUGGAAGUACUCAGAUACUCAGUCUUUAACUUGGUGGUGGUGGGUGAUUUUUCUCAUGUAAUUCUUGAAUAAGCUCUUGUUUCAGAGUUUAAGUAGAUCUCUAGGAGAACUAACAGUUCUGUUUUAUUUGGUUAACACUAUUAAUGAAAAACAGGCCAACGCCCCCUGGUCUAGGUCAGUCAAAGCCCAUGUCUUCACCAGGCCAGUAAUUCAGCAGCCCUCAGUGUGGUCAGGGAGUCUCUUCAGUAAAACAAAGUCUUUGAGGGGUGUGGGAGGAAAGGGGAUCCUCAAGCUGUGUCAUAGAAAUACAUUAAGACCACUUUGCAUGGUUGACACAAAAUGUUAAGGAACUUUUGUGUGACCCAGUUUGACAAGACCAUAGAAGCUGGCCUUGGCAGAGUCUUUGGGUCAGUUGGGUUAUGUGUGUGUGUGUGCUGGAGAGCCAAUAGCUCAGCCCAGCCCAGCUAGGAAAAGGAAUGGCCAGUCACCUCCCCUAGGGCAGGCUUGCUCACUACUUCCUCAUAUGAACAAUUGCUGCCGUCAGAUUCUGCUGCACGGAACUUUCUGUUGGAGUUCAAAAGACAAAAGUGAUGCUGGCGUUCAACUUGAAUUCAGACUCAUGCUGUUCCUGCGUAUGUGAGGCAGAGUAAGCAGAUAAAGCAGCAGCCACCACACUGACACACAUCCUCAGCUCCCCUGAGGCUUUGGUUUCCCGUGGAUCCAUCCCUAGGUUGUUCCUCAUUCCAUGGAUGUUAGCAAAGGGUGGGGAUCAAAGAUGGAUGCAGUGAAGAAUCCUGAACAGAGGAACCAGCAGCAAGCCUUCACAGAUGAGAACCCAGACAGGAGUUCUGCAGUACAGAACAUUCUUCAUAAGCUCUGUUUGUGCUUUCAUGCUGCUGUUUGUGCCUGACUCCCAGUCUGAGUGGUAUUUUUGUAGAAGAGAAUCACAAGAUGGCCUUUUGCAGUGUGCUAUUUCCAAAUGACUGUUCUUGCUGGAAACUGGUCACUAGUGAAUGUUCCACCCUGAGGAAGUAUGUGGUGACUUAACUGUGGCUGCCAUCUUUAUAGUCUGAAUGAAUAUAUCCUAGGAGAUUUGUCAUCGCUUUAAGACAUUAAUAAUGCUUUUCUUUCCUCCGUUCCUCCACUCACACACCCUUUUCCUCCCGAGGUAGUGGAGGAGGGUGGUCUGGACCUAGAAAGGAAAUGGAUGGUCCACGGUAGGAGCUCCGAUUAGAGUCAACUAGUUGAUCCCCACCGAGAUUGAUGUGAGCUGAGAUGGGGCAGAGGCCAUUAUCCAGCCAUCUACAGCACUCUGGCCAAAGCUCAGGCACAGGGCACACACUGGUCCCCUGUGCUAGGUCUCAGCUGGUGGGAGGUGGGAGAUGCUCAGUGGAUCCAGUGACAGGUGGGAACCUGUUUAUGGAAAACUGAUAAUUGCUUUAUGAAUCUUUGGUAAUGACAGCUCAGGGAAGGAGAAGGUUGUGGUUCGGUGACUUCAGUUGUCACUGGAUGUGGGAAUUGAAUUGUUUUUCUGCUCUUAACCUGUUCAAACUGGGACAGGCUCCAGGAACUUGAACUAAAAAUGCCUAUAUAAGUCUCCCUUUGCCCAGCUUUUCCCCAAAAGCCUUGGUUUGUGUAGACAGAACUGUGGUGCUGGCAAGCUGGUCAGUGACUUUCUAUAGGAAGUAUUUGCAUGUGGCAUGGGGCUUUUGAGCCCCAGAUUACCCCGUCACCUGGCCUACCCAGCACCACACGUCAUUCUUCAGUUGGCUCCCGUGUCUGCUCUUCACACAAAUCUUUGGGUGGUUCCGUUCCCUCCCACCCAUCCCCUCCCAGAGUAAGAAAGCUGUAUUUUGAAAUCCAGAAUGUAGUCUCCUGGAUGGCUUCUCAGGGGUAUCCUUAUGCCAACCAAAGGACUUCCUUCCUGUCUGUGCCUUUACUGUCCCCUCCUCUUUGCCCACUCUAAACCUCUCACCAGAGCUCUUGAGGCACCAUCUUUACACACUCUUCAUUUUUUUCAACCUAUGGGUAUGCUCUGAUAAACAUACAAACUGCCUUUCUCCUACCUGAUCUUUGGUUGGUGUUAGCGCCUCGGAAGUAGGGGCUGUCAUCAUGGAACUGCACAUGCAGGUGCUCCUAGCCUAGUUGGGGAAGAGGCUGAGACAACUAAACAGUGAAGGACGUAGGGGAACACUGCAGGCAUUGAGGCAAAGCUGAGAAACCCACACAGGUCUCUACUGAAUUUUAAAUGACCUUUUAUUUGCUCUAUGCAAUGUUGGCCACUUAGGUGAGGCGGAAGGACUAAUUCUACAGAGAUGCCAUGGCAAUCUUAGAAAGCAAUGGGAAAACGCAAUACAGAUAAACUAGAGGUUUGUAAUAAUACCACUGGUUAGCUUCUUCCUGUAGCAGAAUAAUCUUCUCUGUGGGUGGUGUGCUCUAGUAAUAGGGAAACUUGAAAGUUCCAAAAUCCUUCCUUCCCUUUUUUCAGAGUAUGGUUUAGCUCGUGUGUGUGUGUGUGUGUGUGUGUGUGUGUGUGUGUGUGUGUGAUAUUUAUUGCAUUAUUUUGAAAGAGAAUUAUUUGUUUUAUAGCUAUGUAUUAACAGCCAAGCUGGAUCUUUCCACUUGGCAAGGAACAUAGACUUUCUGAAACUCAGGCCUUAAACAGUAGCUUCAAAGACCAACUCAAAUGUUAGGAAAUGUAUGUCUUUGUUUCCUGUUAUUUCAGUCUUAGAUUCCUUAUCUCCUUUAAUAUUUAAAAUCUUGUGCCUAAAAUUUUAUUUUGCUUAAUUCUGAUGUAGACAUGCAUGUUUACAUUUAUAUAAAAUAUUUGCUGUGUAGUUUCCUCCCUUUGAAGGUGAAUAUAUUUAAAUAAAAAUGAAGGUCAACAAUAUA